GCGAAAAGAAGCUGUCCGCAUCUUUCUACAGAUUAUCUAAAAGGAAAGCAUGGAGAAAGAGAUGUACGUAGUACUUUUUUUUGACGACUCUACCGCUGCUGUGCCGACUUCAUGGGUACAGAAAGAAAAACAACUGUGUUGGUGGCCACCAAAACAUAUCAAUUUAUCAAAAGCAAUUGCUAAAUGUACACCAUACCAAAACAACUGGGCUUCACAUUCUUUUCACAAAUUAUGGGGACCAUAUGAAACAUAUGCUAUUGCGAAACAAGCGGAGAGAGAUUCCAUAGAGUGGUCGACAGCAAAUGAAAGCAUUAUUAGUACACCACAACACCUAGGAAAAAGGGUAAUCACAAAGUCUCGCAAAGUUCUUUCAAAUGAAAGUAACAACGAAGAAAGUAGCGAUAAAGAAAAUAGUGACUCAGAAACUACGAUUUGCGGACAGCAAUUGAUUUUCUGUUACCAUUUGAAGAAAACUGCUGCAGAAUCGCAUAGAAUGCUUGUCGAAGCUUACGGUGAGCAUGCUCUUGGUAAAUCACAGUGCUUUGAGUGGUUUAAAAAAUUCAAAAGUGGCGAUUUUGACGUGAGAAACGAAGAACGUGGAAAACCAUCGAAACCUGCUAAAACUUACUAA